AUGAGUGCCUCAACGCUCUUCAAGAGGAUUGCGCAAAGGGCCGACUCCCUGACAUGGCGACUGGGUGGCUCUUCCAUGCAGGUACAACCGGGCUUGGCGCGCCCCACGCCGUUGAAGCCGUCCGGCGCUCGUAAGACGUUGCGGUUCAUCUCCGUGCUUACUGCCUCGGGGGCUGUCGCCGCGAGCGCCGCCUACUACGCCAGGCAGGCAGACUCUCGCAUGUAUCUGGUCCAGGAUGUGUCCAGCAAGACGCUUGGCAGUGAGGAUGCGCGCUUCGCCUUCUACAAUGAACUCGAAAGCAACCCUCCGGACGUGUCCUCACUGCCCGUUGAGCACGCGGUGCUCACAUCCGCGCCGCAUGUGCCACCGCCAGUGACUCGCAAGCAUCCCGCCCUCGUGAAGGUGGACCUCACGACAUCGCCAAAACUGAUGCAGGUGACGAACCAGUACAAGUACGAGGCGUGGACCUUUAACGGCACAGUCCCGGGCCCCUUCAUCCGCGCGCGCGCAGGCGACGUGGUAGAGCUGCGGCUCACGAACCGCGACGAGACGGGCAACCCGCACAACAUCGACUCGCACGCCAUUACGGGCCCCGGGGGCGGGUCGGCAGUGACCAACGCCGAAGAGGGGGAGACGAAGACGGCGCGGUUCCGGCUGCUGUGCCCGGGCCUGUUCGUGUACCACUGCGCGGCGGCGCCCAUCCCGGUGCACAUCGCCAACGGCAUGUACGGGCUCAUGUACGUGCAGCCGGCCGACGACGACAGCGCCGCGGCCGGCCCGGGGGGUCUCCCGCCCGUGGACCGCGAGUACUACGUGAUGCAGAGCGAGGUGUAUCACGAGCCGCCCGAGCCGGACGAGGACACGGGGCGGCCCUCGUCCACCGUCGAGUUCUCGUACCCGCAGGGCCUGCGCGAGGAGCCCAACGCCGUCGUCUUCAACGGGCGCGAGGCGGCGCUGACCCGCGACGCCCCCCUCAAGGCGCGCACGGGCGAGACGGUGCGCAUCUUCUUCGGCAACGGGGGCCCCAACCUGACGAGCUCGUUCCACGUCAUCGGCAGCCACUUCCUGCGCGCAUACCGCGACGGCGACGUGCUGAGCCCGCCGGGGCGCUUCGUCAGCACCCUGAGCGUGCCGCCGGCGGGCGCCGCCAUCGUCGACCUCAAGGUCCUUGUGCCGGGCACGUACACGCUCGUCGAUCACGCCAUCUUCCGCAUCGACAAGGGCGCCGUGGGCUUCCUCAACGUGGCGGGCGAGCCGCGGCCGGAUGUGUACAGCAGCACGGAGCCGCCAGCCCCGUGUGUGGGGUGCAAGCUGCAUCCGUGA